CCCCGCCAGACACACCCUCCUUCUCUGGCGGGUAGAGAUCAGAGCUCCGGCUCUCGAGGGGAGGGAGAGGCUGCCGCUGCCGCUGCCGCCGCCGCUGCCGCCGCCGUGGGGCAGGACGGGGAGCGAGCGAGCAAAGGAGCAAAGAAGCGAGGGAGCGAAGAAGGCAAGGAGGAGGAGCAGCGGCUGGGAGGGAGGAGCCGCGUGAGCCGCGCCGCCGCCGAGCUGCGAUGUGGCCGGCCGGCCGGCGGGUAAACAGAGCGAGCAGCUGCGGCCGCGGCCGCCCGGGCCCGGGGCACUGAGGACGCCCGCCGAGACCUGCCUGCCACCGCUGCCAUGGCCGAAGUGCGCAAAUUCACCAAGCGGCUCAGCAAGCCCGGCACAGCGGCUGAGCUUCGCCAGAGCGUGUCGGAGGCCGUGCGGGGCUCCGUGGUGCUGGAAAAGGCCAAAGUUGUUGAGCCCCUGGACUAUGAGAAUGUUAUCACCCAAAGAAAAACUCAGAUUUACAGUGACCCUCUCAGAGACCUGCUGAUGUUUCCAAUGGAAGAUAUAUCUAUCUCAGUGAUAAGUCGGCAACGCAGAACGGUGCAGUCCACUGUACCAGAAGAUGCUGAAAAGAGGGCCCAGAGUUUAUUUGUCAAAGAGUGUAUUAAAUCGUAUAGCACAGAUUGGCAUGUGGUAAACUACAAGUAUGAAGACUUCUCUGGAGACUUUAGAAUGUUGCCAUGCAAAUCUCUGAGACCAGAAAAGAUUCCUAAUCAUGUAUUUGAGAUUGAUGAGGACUGCGAGAAAGAUGAGGACUCAUCUUCUUUAUGCUCUCAGAAGGGUGGCGUGAUCAAACAAGGCUGGCUGCAUAAAGCAAAUGUCAAUAGCACCAUCACGGUUACCAUGAAGGUUUUCAAGAGACGGUAUUUUUAUUUGACUCAACUUCCUGAUGGUUCAUAUAUUCUCAAUUCCUACAAAGAUGAGAAAAAUUCAAAAGAAUCUAAAGGUUGCAUCUACUUGGAUGCCUGCAUUGACGUUGUUCAGUGCCCCAAAAUGCGCCGUCAUGCUUUUGAACUCAAGAUGUUAGAUAAGUAUAGCCAUUAUCUGGCUGCUGAAACUGAGCAGGAAAUGGAGGAAUGGUUGAUAACUUUGAAAAAGAUUAUUCAGAUCAAUACCGACAGUUUAGUGCAAGAGAAAAAGGAGACAGUAGACACUGUACAAGAUGAUGAAACUAGCAGCCAAGGCAAAGCCGAGAACAUCAUGGCCAGUUUGGAAAGGAGCAUGCAUCCGGAGCUGAUGAAGUAUGGAAGAGAAACUGAACAGUUAAACAAACUGAGUAGAGGAGAUGGCAGACAGAAUCUCUUUUCUUUUGACUCAGAAGUUCAGAGGUUGGACUUUUCAGGAAUUGAACCUGAUAUAAAGCCAUUUGAAGAAAAAUGCAACAAGCGUUUCCUGGUAAAUUGCCAUGAUUUAACUUUCAAUAUCUUGGGUCAAAUUGGAGACAACGCGAAAGGACCAUCCACCAAUGUUGAGCCCUUUUUUAUCAAUCUUGCCUUAUUUGAUGUAAAGAACAAUUGUAAGAUUUCCGCUGACUUUCACGUAGACCUGAAUCCCCCAUCUGUCCGUGAAAUGCUAUGGGGAUCUUCAGCUCAGCUGGCUGGGGAUGGAAACCCAAAGGGCUCUUCUCCUGAGUCUUUCAUUCAUGGAAUCGCUGAGUCUCAGUUACGCUACAUAAAGCAGGGAAUUUUCUCAGUGACAAAUCCACAUCCUGAAAUUUUUCUAGUUGCGAGAAUCGAGAAGGUGUUGCAGGGGAACAUCACACACUGUGCAGAACCCUACAUCAAAAAUUCAGACCCAGUAAAGACGGCCCAGAAGGUACACAGGACAGCUAAGCAAGUGUGUAGCCGCCUUGGACAAUACAGAAUGCCCUUUGCUUGGGCUGCCAGACCCGUUUUCAAAGAUAUUCAAGGCUCACUGGAUUUGGAUGGAAGAUUUUCUCCUUUGUAUAAACAAGACAGUAGCAAGCUUUCAAAUGAAGACAUUCUCAAGUUGCUCUCAGAAUACAAGAAGCCAGAAAAGACCAAAUUGCAGAUUAUUCCUGGGCAGCUCAACAUCACAGUAGAAUGUGUUCCUGUGGAUUUAUCAAAUUGCAUCACUUCUUCAUAUGUGCCCCUAAAGCCUUUCGAAAAGAACUGUCAAAAUAUUACAGUGGAGGUUGAAGAAUUUGUUCCAGAAAUGACAAAAUAUUGCUAUCCAUUUACUAUUUACAAAAACCAUCUGUAUGUAUAUCCCUUGCAAUUAAAAUACGAUAGCCAGAAGACAUUUGCCAAGGCAAGGAACAUUGCUGUCUGUGUGGAAUUCCGGGAUUCCGAUGAAAGUGAUGCUUGCGCUCUAAAGUGUAUUUAUGGAAAACCUGCGGGGUCCGUGUUUACCACCAAUGCCUAUGCCGUUGUCUCGCACCACAACCAAAACCCAGAAUUCUACGAUGAGAUGAAAAUUGAGCUUCCCAUUCACCUGCAUCAGAAACAUCAUUUGCUUUUCACGUUCUAUCAUGUAAGUUGUGAGAUCAACACGAAGGGAACAACCAAAAAGCAGGACACAGUUGAAACUCCAGUUGGUUUCGCCUGGGUGCCUUUGCUGAAGGAUGGUAGAAUGAUCACAUUUGAGCAGCAGCUGCCUGUUUCGGCUAAUCUUCCCCCAGGCUACUUGAAUGUGAAUGAUCCUGAAUCCAGAAGGCAAUCCAAUGUGGAUAUUAAGUGGGUAGAUGGUGCAAAGCCAUUGCUGAAGAUUAAAAGCCACUUAGAGUCUACCAUUUAUACUCAGGAUCUGCAUGUGCACAAAUUCUUCCAUCAUUGCCAGCUGAUUCAGUCGGGCUCGAAAGAAGUUCCAGGCGAGCUCAUUAAAUAUUUAAAGUGUUUGCAUGCCAUGGAGAUUCAAGUCAUGAUACAGUUUCUUCCUGUAAUUCUUAUGCAACUCUUCCGAGUACUCACAAACAUGACCCAUGAAGACGAUGUUCCUAUCAACUGUACCAUGGUCCUCCUACAUAUUGUAUCAAAGUGCCAUGAAGAAGGCUUGGAUAGUUAUUUAAGAUCCUUCAUAAAGUAUAGUUUCCGGCCUGAAAAACCAAGUGCUCCUCAGUCCCAGCUGAUACAUGAAACCCUGGCUACUACCAUGAUAGCAAUACUGAAACAGUCUGCAGAUUUUUUAGCAAUAAACAAACUGCUAAAGUACUCAUGGUUUUUCUUUGAAAUAAUUGCAAAAUCAAUGGCUACAUACUUGUUGGAGGAGAAUAAAAUUAAGCUUCCUAGAGGCCAAAGGUUCCCGGAGGCGUUUCAUCAUGUCUUACAUUCAUUGCUGCUUGCAAUAAUCCCCCACGUGACCAUUCGCUAUGCGGAAAUCCCAGAUGAGUCCAGAAAUGUGAAUUAUAGUUUGGCUAGCUUUCUGAAGCGCUGUUUGACACUAAUGGAUAGAGGAUUUGUUUUCAAUCUUAUAAAUGACUACAUAUCUGGAUUCAGCCCCAAAGAUCCUAAGGUUCUGGCAGAAUACAAGUUUGAUUUUCUGCAAACAAUUUGCAAUCAUGAACAUUACAUUCCUCUGAACUUGCCAAUGGCAUUUGCGAAACCUAAACUGCAGAGAGUUCAAGAUUUUUUUUCAUUUGCGGUGGACCGUUUGACUUCAGUAGAUUCAAAUCUUGAAUACAGUUUAUCAGAUGAGUAUUGCAAGCAUCACUUCUUGGUUGGCCUACUUCUGAGGGAAACCUCCAUUGCUCUUCAAGACAAUUAUGAGAUCAGAUAUACAGCUAUCUCUGUCAUAAAGAAUCUGUUGAUAAAACAUGCAUUUGACACUAGAUACCAGCACAAGAACCAGCAAGCCAAAAUAGCACAAUUGUACCUUCCAUUUGUUGGACUGCUCUUGGAAAAUAUACAGCGAUUAGCAGGUCGAGACACCUUAUAUUCCUGUGCAGCCAUACCUAAUUCUGCAUCCAGGGAUGAGUUUCCAUGUGGCUUCACUUCACCUACAAAUAGAGGGAGUCUGAGUACUGAAAAAGACACUGCUUUUGGGUCUUUUCCAAAUGGACAUGGAAUUAAGAGGGAAGAUUCCAAAGGUUCCCUCAUCCCAGAAGGAGCAACAGGAUUUCCAGAUCAGGGCAACACUGGUGAAAAUACACGACAGAGUUCUACAAGGAGUAGUGUCUCCCAGUAUAACCGGCUGGAUCAGUAUGAAAUCAGAAGUCUCUUGAUGUGCUACCUGUAUAUAGUAAAAAUGAUAUCUGAAGAUACUCUCUUAACUUACUGGAAUAAAGUAUCUCCUCAAGAGCUCAUAAACAUUCUUGUACUUCUAGAAGUGUGUUUAUUUCACUUUAGAUACAUGGGAAAAAGAAACAUAGCAAGGGUGCAUGAUGCUUGGCUAUCAAAACACUUGGGAAUAGACCGUAAAUCACAAACUAUGCCAGCUCUUCGAAACAGAUCAGGACUAAUGCAGGCCCGGCUUCAACACCUUAGUAGCCUGGAAAGUUCAUUUACACUGAAUCAUAGUUCUGCAACAACUGAAGCAGAUAUUUUCCACCAGGCACUUCUUGAAGGCAAUACUGCUACAGAAGUUUCCCUAACAGUACUAGAUACCAUAUCAUUUUUCACCCAAUGCUUCAAGAGUCAACUUUUAAAUAAUGAUGGCCACAACCCGUUAAUGAAAAAAGUAUUCGAUAUUCAUCUUGCAUUUCUUAAAAAUGGACAAUCUGAAGUGUCCCUGAAGCAUGUAUUUGCCUCGCUGCGAGCUUUUAUCAGUAAGUUUCCAUCAGCCUUCUUCAAAGGUAGAGUAAACAUGUGUGCUGCAUUUUGUUAUGAGGUUUUGAAGUGCUGCACCUCAAAAAUUAGCUCAACUAGGAAUGAAGCAUCUGCACUUUUGUAUCUUUUGAUGAGAAACAACUUUGAGUACACCAAAAGGAAAACCUUUCUGAGGACACAUCUACAGAUAAUAAUUGCUGUAAGCCAGCUGAUAGCUGAUGUUGCACUAAGUGGAGGAUCAAGAUUUCAGGAGUCUUUAUUCAUUAUCAAUAAUUUUGCAAAUAGUGACAGACCUAUGAAGGCAACUGCUUUUCCUACAGAAGUCAAAGAUUUGACCAAGAGAAUCCGUACUGUUCUUAUGGCCACUGCCCAAAUGAAGGAGCAUGAGAAAGACCCUGAAAUGCUAAUUGAUCUCCAGUAUAGUCUAGCCAAGUCCUAUGCAAGCACUCCAGAGCUCAGAAAAACCUGGCUUGAUAGCAUGGCGAAGAUUCAUGUAAAAAAUGGAGAUUUUUCAGAGGCUGCAAUGUGUUAUGUCCAUGUAGCAGCUCUGGUUGCAGAGUUUCUUCAUCGAAAAAAAUUAUUCCCUAAUGGAUGUUCAGCCUUCAAGAAAAUUACUCCCAAUAUAGACGAAGAAGGAGCAAUGAAGGAAGAUGCUGGGAUGAUGGAUGUUCAUUAUAGUGAAGAAGUUUUGCUGGAGUUACUAGAACAAUGUGUGGAUGGCUUAUGGAAGGCAGAACGUUAUGAAGUAAUUUCUGAGAUUUCCAAGUUGAUCAUUCCCAUUUAUGAGAAACGUCGUGAGUUUGAGAAACUUACUCAAGUAUAUAGAACUCUUCAUGGAGCUUAUACAAAAAUCCUGGAGGUUAUGCAUACUAAGAAAAGACUUUUAGGCACUUUCUUCAGAGUUGCCUUUUAUGGCCAAGCUUUUUUUGAAGAAGAGGAUGGGAAGGAGUACAUCUAUAAAGAGCCAAAGCUCACUGGCCUCUCAGAGAUUUCCUUGAGACUUGUUAAACUAUAUGGUGAAAAAUUUGGUACAGAGACUGUCAAAAUAAUUCAAGAUUCAGACAAGGUAAAUGCCAAAGAGCUUGAUCCAAAAUAUGCUCAUAUCCAAGUCACUUAUGUGAAGCCCUACUUCGAUGACAAAGAACUCACAGAAAGAAAAACCGAGUUUGAAAGAAACCAUAAUAUUAACAGAUUUGUUUUUGAGGCUCCUUAUACUCUAUCAGGCAAAAAGCAAGGCUGUGUAGAAGAACAGUGUAAGCGCCGUACAAUCUUGACGACUUCAAACUCAUUUCCAUACGUGAAGAAGAGGAUUCCUAUAAACUGUGAACAGCAGAUUAAUUUAAAACCAAUUGAUGUUGCUACUGAUGAAAUAAAAGAUAAAACUGCAGAGCUACAAAAACUUUGCUCCUCUGCUGAUGUGGACAUGAUCCAGCUCCAACUUAAAUUGCAGGGCUGUGUUUCUGUACAGGUCAAUGCUGGUCCAUUAGCAUAUGCAAGGGCUUUCUUAAAUGACAAUCAAGCCAGCAAGUAUCCACCUAAAAAAGUGAAUGAGUUGAAAGACAUGUUUAGGAAAUUCAUCCAAGCAUGUAGCAUUGCACUUGAACUAAAUGAGCGGCUAAUUAAAGAGGAUCAAAUUGAAUACCACGAAGGACUAAAGUCAAAUUUCAGAGACAUGGUAAAAGAAUUGUCUGACAUUAUCCAUGAGCAGCUUUGAAGACUUAAGUCGAUAUUACAGGAAGACACAAUGCAUUCUCCCUGGAUGAGUAACACGUUACAUGUAUUUUGUGCAAUUAGUGGUACAUCAAGUGACAGAGGUUAUGGUUCCCCAAGAUUCACUGAAGUAUGAGAAAAAGCAGAUGUAAAUGACAAUGAGAUGGACCUUUCUCAGGAAUAUUUGGAGCUGUGCAAAUGUUAGAAUUUAAAGAUUUGAUAGACAUGAAGUGGUUCCUCCUGACACCAAAAUUUUCAUGCUUUCCAACAGGGUGCUUACUACUUGUAAAUAUUUAAGCAACUUGAAAGUGCCUGGAAAAUUGCACCACUGUGCUUGGUUUGUACUUUUUUUUUUUUUUAGGUAAAUCUAUAUGCUGAAAAGUAGAGCUCAAAAACAUUAAUUCAAUGUGCUUAAUUAUUGCUUAAAAUAAUAAUGGUACUAUGUAAAAUUGUAUAAUGAAACACAAUAAAAGGUAAAACUUAUUUGUAAUUAGAAGUGAAGGAAAUAGUAAUUUGAACUUUGCAAUUUUCUUGACAAGCAGCUCUAUCCAUUAUACUAAUCCUCGGAGAAGAAAAUUGAUUAAAAAAUUUCCAAAAAACAUGGAUAUUUCAAGUUGGGGGCGAUGAUUUGAAUUCUUAUUUUUAGUGCUCAAGGCUGGGCUAAAGAGGCCAAAAGCAAGACAGAUAUACAUAAUACUAAGCUUAACACAAAAAAGUACCAAGCUUACUGUUCCUUGUAGUUUUGAUCUGAUGACACUAGGUAGGUUGAACUGGUCUCUUUUCCACAUAGAUGAGGAAUUUCUACUGAACAUAGCAGGUGGCAUUUAUUGCCAGAGCAAGAAAUUGUCAGGGAUUCUUCAUAAAGCGAAACGAACCUUUCUAAAAAUUUGCAGUCAAGACAUCCCAUGCAACAUCAAAUCUUUAGUGGCAGUAUGAGGUGGGAAUUUUGUAAAGAUGAUUUUCUUCAACUUUUAUUUAUCUUGUCACUUAUAAGAUUAACAAGCACUCUGAUAAUUCUUGAUGGUUAUAGCAUGUCUUGGGGUACAUAUACAUUACCACCACAGAUUUAGUACCUGUGACUAGGGAGUACAUUUUUCUAUGAAGAAAUCUUGCAUUUCCUAAAUGAUUCUGGAGAAACCAAGGUAUGAAGAACUUUUUUUUAGCUGGUAUUACCCAUAUAAUUGUUGUUGCCUUCCAUGUAAACUUCAAGUUCUUGAUUUAUUCUCCAUGUGUAGUUAAGCCUAUUUUACAGGUGAAAAACAGAAAUAGAAAUGAACUGCAUGGAACCUUAGUUCUUUUGUAUAUUUUGUGAUCAACUAAAUUUUACAGAUUAUGCCCCAGGUUUGGCCAUUUUUCAAUUUUUUUCUUUUUAAAAAUGUACUUGAAAGGCAGAGAGAGCAAGCGAGCCAGCCAGCCAGCUAGCAAGCUAGAGCUCCUCUCUGCUUAUUCACUCUCAAAAUACCCACAACAGCCCCAUGGGGAGAAGAAUCCAGGAGCCAGGAAUACAAUCCAAGAAUCCCAUCUGAGUGGUAGCAGCCCAAUUACUUGAUCCAUCAUCUGUUGCCUCUCAGGGUCUGCAGUGGCAAAGAAACUAGAGUCAGGUGUUGGAGCCUGGUAUCAUGCCAGGCAGUCUGAUAUGAGACAUCCUAACUGGUGUCUUAACCACUGGGCCAGAUGCUGACCCCAGCCAUUUUUCUUUACAUGUCAUUUUAUUCAAUGAAAGUUAACUGUGGGCCAGCGCCGUGGCUCUCUAGGUUAAUCGUCUGCCUGCGGCGCUGGCAUCCCAUAUGGGCACCGGGUUCUGUCCCAGUUGCUCCUCUUCCAGUCCAGCUUUCUGCUGUGGCCCCGGGAAGGCAGUGGAGGAUGGCCCAAGUGCUUGGGCCCUGUAUCCGCAUGGAAGACCAGGAGAAGCACCUGGAUCCUGGCUUUGGAUCAGCGUAGCUCCAGCCGUAGCGGCCAUUUGGGGGUGAACCAACGGAAGAAAGACCUUUCUAUCGCUCUCUCUCCCUGUCUAACUCUAUCUGUCAGAUAAAAAAAAAAAAAAAAAAGAAAAUCGUGUAUUUUAAUGGGAGAUUCAGAAUUAUGUCAGAGUGAGUCUGUAAGUAUUCCACAAUAUCUUGGAGUAACCUAUAAAGUGAUUUUAUUUGGCAUGCAUGUGCAAUGAGUGCUGCCACCUGAGACAGGCAUUUUGGAGAAGCUGCAACAUUCUUUUGUUACUAGUCCCUGUCACAUCCCUCAAUCUGAGUAAAUUUCUUAGGUCUAAUAAAUGGCCCUGGCCCCCGGGAGCUUGCACUGCAGUUGAGGAGGCAAAGUACACACAAGAUUAAGUAGUACAGGAAUUAACGUAAGAUAGGAAAAGCUAUCUAUGAGUACUACCAAAUGAAUGACACUGUCCAGAACUGUCCUCACAUUCAAGGAGGAGUGGUCACUGUGAAGUGUGACUAUCAAGGAAGGUUUCAUGAACAAAAGCUUUGAACAGGGUUUCAAAGGAGGGAGGGUAUUCUGAGCAGGAUGAACAUCAUGAGCAAAGGUGCAAGGAACAAGUAGAUCAGGGAUGGUAGAUAAUAAAUCUGGACAGGAAAGGUAAACCUAGAUUUUUAGAUUUUUGAAGUCCUCAAAUACCAGGCUAAGGUUGUUUGCAACUGACUUGGUAAGCAUGGGGAUGCCAGUCAAGAUUUUCAGAGAUUAUAUUUCUAAAAAUAACAUUUAAUCAAGUAACCUUUUAUAUUGCUGCCAGAUAUAUUUGAGGUAGAGAUGGGAAUAAGGAAACCAAUUAGAAAGCCAUUUCAAUAAUCUGGUUAUGAGUCCAUAGAGCCCUAGACUCUAGUAAUGUGAACAAGAAUAGAGAAGGGCAAGGGCAGGAGACAUUACAUAGAAAGACUGGACAUGACGUACUGGAUGGCUAACGGGAAAAAGGAAAAGCAAAGAUAAUUAUGUGUACUGUGGCCAAUGAAUUUUCCAUGUUAUGGCUCAGUUUUACUAGAUUUAUUUCCCUGACUUUUAGAUUAAGGGCAGCAAGCUAUAGAGAAUAAGAUGGAACAGGCUAGAGAAAGCCAGGCUUUUCUGUUUCAGAACAUUGUGCAUUAAGUAUUAUUUCAUGAAGUGAUUUGACCUCUACAAAUUAAUUCACAUGAAAAUACAUUUGUUACACUGAUUGUUUUGUAGCUAGGCUUGAGUCCAAUUUCCCCUAGAAGCUGUUCUUUUCAUAGUCUUGGAAUGUGUUGAGAUGUGAAUAAGUGGCCUCUGGGACUGUUUAUUACUACAAUGAAAAUAAGUCAUUUCAGUUGUCACCAAUGGCAUCAUGUCUAUAGAUGGGAUUGUUAUUGUUACUAUAUUAAUGACUUGGCUCCCUUUAAAAAUGUGUGCGUGUGUGUAUGUGUUUAUGUUUAAUGAAGUGGAGGAGUAGGCAUUUGGCAUAGACAUUUAGAGGCUGUUUGGGAUGCCCAUAGCAGAGUACCCAGGUUCAAGUCUUGGCCCUAAUUUCAAGCUUCCUGUUAACAUGCAACCUGAGAGGCCACAAAUGAUGGCUUAAGUACUUGGGUCCCUGCCACCCAUGUGAGAGACCUCCAUAGAGUUCUGGGCUCCUGGCUUUGGCCUGGCCCAGUCGCGGCUGUUGUGGGCAUUUGAGGAAUAAACCAGCUGAUGGAAGAUCUUCCUGUUCGGCUCUGUCUGGCUCUCUGCCUUUUAAAUAAAAUGAAAAUAAAUAGGGGCUGGUGCUGUGGCGCAGCAGGUUAAAGCCCCAGACUGCAAUGCCAGCAUCCCAUAUAGGUGACGGUUCAAGUCCCGGCUGCUCCUCUUCCAAUCCAGCUCUCUGCUUUGGCCUGGGAAAACAGUAGAGGAUGGCCCAAGUCCUUGGGCCCCUGCAUCCAUGUGGGAGACCCAGAAGAAACUCCUGGCUCCUAGCUUUGGAUCAGUGCAGCUCUGGCCAUUGUGGUCAUCUGGGGAGUGAACCAGUGGAUGCUAGACCUCUAUCUGGCUCUACCACUCUCUGUAACUCUUUCAAAUAAAAUAAAUUUUUAAAAAUAAAAAUGAAAUAGAAAGCAGCAUUGGUAGCAACAGCCUUAGAACCUUGGCCAACAUAUAAUCAUGGAACUAGAGAUGACUCACUGGUUAAUUAAUAAAUUCAACAGGUCAGUGUCAGAACACUGACUUAUAAUUAUUAGUCUUUAUCUGAUAUCAUGAACCUUAGUAAUGUACUGGAUUAAAAGGAAUUCCCAAACUCUUAAAAUAUAUAACAACUAGAUAUCAACUAGAUAUAUAUUUCAUGCUUCUGACCCACAAAAUGUUGGGAUACUUCAGUUUCAGUCUCAUUCAAACAGUACACUACGUGAACUAUCGAAAGAGAAAGAAAAAAUAAAAGUUGGUUAAUGACAGGGAGUGGAUUUGGAGAACAGGGCUAUGCCCUUAUCCUGGGAGUUGAUCAGUAACAGCACUUUUUCUACUCCUUAAAAAUACAAUGGCCAUUUGCUCAGAAACACGUAUGUGUAUGUUUAUCCAAUUUCCUAAUUGAAGUUCUGGCUAAAAUCUUCAGAUAGUUUGUAUGACAUGUUAAAACUUUCUAGGGGCUGGCGCUGUGGCGCUGUAGGUUAAUCCUUUGCUGUGGUGCCAGCAUCCCAUAUAGGUGCAAGUUGUAGUUUUGGCUGCUCCUCUUCCGAUGCAGCUCUCUGCUAUGGCCUGGGGAAGCAGUAGAAGAUGGUGCAAAGGCUUGGGCCCCUGCACCUGCAUGGGAGACCGAGAAGAAGCUCCUGGCUACUGGCUUCAGAUCGGCUCAUCUCAGCCAUUGUGGCCAUUUGGGGAGUGAGCCAGUGGAUGGAAGACCUUUCUCUCUGUCUCUCCCUCUGUCUGGAACUCUACCUCUCAAAUAAAUAAAAUAAUAAUAAUAAAGCACUUUUAAAACACUUUUUCUACCAUGCUCUUUUUUGCUUUUCCUCUUUAAGAUAUUAUUCACAUCCUAUAAAAUGCACUCAUUUAAAUUUUUAGUUCAAAGUUGUCCAAGUAUCACUGCAAUUUUAGAACACUGUAAAAUGUUUAUUAAUAUAUUUUCAUUGGUGCCAGUGCUGUGGUGCAGCAGGUUAAUGCCCUGGCCUGAAGCGCUGGCAUCCCAUCUGGGCACUGGUUCUAGUCCCGGCUGCUCCACUUCCGAUCCAGUUCUCUGACAUGGCCUGGGAAAGCAGAAGAACAUGGCCCAAGUCCUUGAGGCCCUGCACCCGCAUGGGAGACCUGGAGAAGGCUCCUGGCUUCGGAUUGGUGCAGCUCCAGCUGUUGCAGCCACCUGGGGAGUGAACCAAUGGAUGGAAGAACUCUCUGUCUCUACCUCUCUUUGUGUCUCUUUCAAAUAAAUAAAAUCUUUAAAAAAUA